AUGGCGUCGCUGAACAGCACAUCGCCCGAGAUUCCCGGGCCGACCGGGCGUACCUUUGAGGGGCCAUGGCUGCAGCAGCAGAUCCUGUUUUCGCUCACGCUUGGCAUUUUAUCCGUGCUGGCGUUUGGCGUGUGGAAGCGGCGGUACCCGUCGAUUUACCAAGCACGCCAUCCGCAGCAAAGCCCAACGAUGCCGUACCAGCGGCUGCGGAAAAGUAUUUUCGGCUGGAUCAUGCCGACCCUCGUGUACCCCGACAGGAGUGUUCUGCUGAAUGUCGGCAUUGAUGCGGCGGUUGCGCUGCUCUUUUUCAAGAUGAUCUUCCGCUACCUGGCCAUGAUCAGCAUCUGGACCGUGGUUGUGCUGAUCCCCGUCCAUUACUAUACGAACGGGUGGAUUGACGGAGUGAGUCCCGGCGAGGAGGUUCAUCCACAACAUGCGGCCCUUGCGCCGCAUCCUGUGCGCGCCGUGCACCUGACCCGCGACAUUCUCUACGAGAAUACGCAGCUGGUUAGUACCUACCUCUACACGCUCCUAGCGCUGCACGUCUUGUGGCGCACGUAUGCAGUGUAUAUCGGGUUUGUACAGGGCCAUGCAAGUGUCCAGCUGCGCAGCGAGGCGGAGCGCACGGUCAAGGUCUCGCACCUCCCGCGGCAUUUGAUGACAAGCUCCAGCUUGGCGACGUACUUUGACGAGCUGCACAUGCCUAUUGCACACGCCACUGUUGUCCAGGACACGACGCGGCUUGAUGCACUGCUUGCACAGCGACUCGAAGUGCUCCAGCGCCUCGAGCGUGCAUGGGCUGGCUGGCUCGGCGAUCCUGCCGAGGCAAAGAACUACAAUCGCGCCAUGCUCCUACAGCAGACCUCGCGUGUGGACCAGCCUGCUGUGCCCGGCGGUGCUCCACGCGUCGGCACCCACAUUGUCGCGAAAAGGAAACGCCCGACAUUUGCGCAUACGCGAAACCCCUUUGGUGCGCGCGUGGACGCCAUCGAUCAGCUUUCCUACCAGUUCAACCAGCUGGACCGUGCCGUGCAUGCCCUGCGCCGCGAUACUUUCACCGCAAUGCACACUGCUUUUGUCACCUUCCGCACGGCCGCGCACGCCGAGAUUGCGAGCCAAGUAGUCCACUACCCGCGCCCCGGCACAUGCAUUACCCAGCCAGCCUGCGAGCCGCGCGACAUUAUCUGGGUAAAUUUGGAGCCGAAUUUCUGGGGCAAGCGUGUGCGCAAAGUCACUCUCACGCUCAUGAUGGGUGUGCUUCUCACCGCGACGCUGUCGAUCGGCGCAUUGCUCGCCGCGCUCGUCAACAUGCGCUCCAUUCGUGCCGUGCUGCCCUGGCUCGCCAAUAUGAUGGACCAAGACGUGCGGCUGCGUGCAUUUGUGCAGAAAUCCCUGCCGACCUUGCUCUUGAUUCUGAUCAACGCGCUCGUCCCCAUCGCGAUGGAGUACUCGACGUACCACGAGCGGAUCAGCUCGCGCUCCAAUAUCGACCACCGCGUCAUGAGCCGCUACUACUUGUAUCUCUUGUUUUCCGUUGUGUUUGUGUUUGCAUUUACGAAUGCGUGGGAAACGCUGAAAGGACUUGCCGAGAGCCCUAUGCGCAUGAUGGAUAAGCUCGCGCAAUCGCUCCCUGUUGCCCGUCAAUUCUCGCUCUCCUACGUGAUUUUCCAGGGGCUCACGAUCCAGCCGUUCCAGCUGGUCGAGCUGCCUACCAUUGCGAUGCGGUUCCUGCACAAGCUCUUUUACGCCUCCACGCCGCGCGGGCGGAUCCAUGGCGGAUAUGCGCGCGGCAUGCCAGUCGCGACGCUGUACCCACAAGCGCUGCUGAUCUUUACCUUGUCUAUCCUGUACAGCAUUGUGAGCCCCUUGAUUGUCCUGUUUGGCGCACUUUACUUUGGCGUCGCGUACAUUGUGCUCAAGUACGAGCUGCUGAACGUGAUGGAGAAGCCGUACGAUUCACACGGAUCUGCAUGGCCGCUCGCGAUUCACCGGUGUGUGUGGGCGCUUUUGCUUUUCCAAAUCUUUCAGCUCUCGCUCUUUUCUGUGCGCAAGCAGGUGGUGACUAGUCUGCUAGUCUUGCCGCUGCUGGGCAUUACGGCAUGGUACCUCGUGGCGCUGCACCGCAACUAUGCACCGCUGACUUCGCAUCUUAAUUUGUAUGAUAUCUACAUGGCAGAGGAGCACGAGAGUGUGACGGAGCAGCAAAGCGAUGUCACAAGCACACGCGCAGGGCCGCGGACGCCUCCCACGCACGAUCCGCCGCUUUCGUGGAGCCAUCCGGGCCUCUUGCACGUAGACGACGAGCAAUACAAGCAGCCAUCGCUCACGAGCCGCUUGCCGAGUCUAUGGCUCCCGGAGAGUCUCGAUGCGCUGGCAUGA